GAAUGCUGCGGCAGCUGUACAACAUCGUGUUCACGGGCGGCUUUACGCGCGUAAGCAACGUGCAUGCUCGACUCGCUGAGAAGUUCUCUGUCCCCGCGGUGGACCAACUUAUGCUUGACGGCGUCAUUCGACCCAAAAACACAAGCCGGGCGAUGUGUAUUCUCACCACAGCUUGUGUGCCAGACACACCAAUCGACCUGCGCGACUUUCAAUCAGGGGCGAAGCAUGCGCUGCAACACACGUUGGCUCACGUAUUUAGCCCUGCGAUGGUCGACUUUGCAGUGAAUCAGUCGGACGAAGCCGUCACCGCCGACACAUACUUGCAGGACACGUGCACGAGUCGUCUCCAUCCAAAGUUGAUUGCAUUUUGUGCCAACAUAGCCAAGAAGAACGAGGGCUUGGUCACUCCAGGACCAAUCCACGAGCUUGCCAUCGUCGAUGGUGAGUUCAACGUAGACGUUGACGACAAUUCCGAAUACGUCGCAUUGACGGUGGCGUGCAAUCUCCCGUACAAGAAUGAACCAUACGAAAAGGAAGGCAACACGGUCGAGUUGGAACAACGCAUCGUUGCUGCGUCAGAUGCUGCCGACAGUGCCAGCGGCGUGACUGUGGAAGGACCAAAGCAAGAUGAUCAAGCAUCCACGGCUACCCCGGGUGGCGGAACACCGGUCGAUGCAGCGACCGAUGCCACCGGUAAGCUCUUUGUGUUUGCUACAUUUCGAUCGGAUGCUGGCGGGGACCUGGACUGGCGAUUGCAAGACCUGAGAAUCACCGGCGUAAAACCACUCCAGCAAAAGGCGUAGCGCUGUCAAUUCGUAGCAUCGCAGGCCUGUACCAGUAAAAUUCGCCAACGUAAUCGAG